AUGAGAUCAGACGCGAUGGUGAACACUUCGAUUGUUUUAUUUGUAAUUUUUAAAAUAAUUAUGAUUAUUAUUAUUAUUAUUAUGACAACGGUAAUUAUUUCGGCAAAUAAAUUAAAUGAUAUUAUAUCGACAGAUGAUAGUUUAACCGUUAACGAUAAGAGCCUUAUACUGAAACGUUUAUUUCCAACGGAAAAAAUAUCGAAUGAUCAAUUAAUUAAACAUUCCGAACGAUUUAAAAGAAGUUUAAGACCCGAAUAUGCAUUUCCAUAUUAUGAUGAUUAUCUUAGACGAAAACAAUAUCCUUUGGGAAGAAUUCCCGAAACGGGGAAACAUAAAGAAAGUCAUGGAAUUCAUGUUGCCAAUUGGAGAUGGGAUGAAAUUGGGAUUUUUUUUACAUUUACCGCAUUUGUUGUUGUUACCGGAUUGGCCAAAGUUGUUCAAAAUAAUUAA